UAUCAAUUAAAUGUCCGUAUCUUUUAUCAAUUAAAUUAUUAAAAAUUUGGUAUCACAUGACACUCGAUGAUCACAGUCGACAGACUCACUUUUCGUAGGAGCACAGAAUUCCACUGUGAAUAAUUUUAAACUUCUAUGAGAACCUUUAUGAGUUGAGUGACUGUUGCCGUGAGCUCUUCAGAUCGUUUUCAAAAAUGUUCAAAAACACGACUUCCUUCAUAAAGAACGUGGACCGUGCCACCAGCAGUCUGUUACUGGAACCAGACUGGGACGCCAUCCUGGCUAUUUGUGAUGCUCUGCGUCAGGAGGACGUCAAUCUGAAGAUUGCCGCGGAAGCCAUGAGAAAGAAACUGCAGGACAAAAACCCGCAUUCCGUGCUGCAGUGCCUCCAGUUGUAUGAUGCUGUGGUGAAGAAUUGUGGCAAACGUGUUCACGAUGAGAUCAUCACGCUGGCCUUCAUGGAUGAUCUGGUGGCGCUGGUGCGAAAAGGUCCGGAUGACAUUCGCAAUCGUACUCUGGAGGUGGUCCAGUGUUGGGCCCAUGGAUUUCGCGAUAAACCCCAGUAUCGUGUGGUAAAAGACACUGUGGACCGAUUAAAGAUGGAAGGAUACAAAUUUCCUGUCAUGAAGGAAUCUGAUGCGCUGUUUGUUGCUGAGUCAGCUCCAGAUUGGGUCGAUGGCGAUGUGUGUUAUCGCUGUCGUGAUAAAUUUUCAAUCACCACCAGGAAGCAUCAUUGCCGAAAUUGUGGACAGAUUUUCUGUUCCAAGUGUUCGUCUAAGGUGUCACCUCUGCCAAAGUACGGAAUCGAGAAGGAAGUUCGUGUGUGCGAUUCAUGUUAUGAUCAGCUGAAUGUAUCGAAACCCAGUUCAACAACUGCUGUCACGAAAAAAGAUGCUGAUAAGGAGAACGAUUUACCCGUAGAAUAUCUGAACAGCGCGCUGGCUAAAGAACCACAGAUACCAGCGAAAAAGACAGCUGAGGAAAUCCAGGAGGAGGAAGAGUUGCAGCUGGCCUUGGCGAUUUCGCAAAGUGAAGCGGAAGCUAAAACCAAACACUCUCAGCCUAACUCGUGGUCUUCAUCUGUUUUAAACGCCCAGAAGACGCCAAGCGAGAAGACAGUGGAGAAUGGGACAAGCCUUGGUGACAAAGUGGCGAACAUGACUUUGAACAAUUCUACCAACAGCAGUAGCAAUGAACUGGAUAAGUACUUGAAUCGCCAGUAUUGGGAAGAUCGACAGAAGGACGCUCCAGUUUCAGGUCCUGUUUUUGUUCCGAAUGCGCCAUCGGCACCAACACCGUCAUCAACGCCAUCGACGGUGACGUCUGGAGAUAUGUCGCACCAAAAAUUUUCUUAUCAAAAUGGCGAAACGGACGACGAAAUCCAGCAGUUCAUGUCUGCUUUAAAAUCUCAAAUCAGCGUCUUUACUAAUCGAAUGAAGUCCAAUAUUAGUCGCAAACGUCCAUUAGGAAAUGACGCGACAGUGAUUUCCAUGUUCAACAAUCUUCUUCCCAUGCGCCAGCAGCUCCUAGAGUACAGUCAGGCACAGGACCACUGGAAGGAAUAUUACGAACGGCUGCAGGAAAAGCUGACUCGUCUCAAGGAAGCACGCGAGGCCUUGGACGUCUUACGCCAAGAACAUCGGGACAAGAUCCGUCUGGAAGCGGAGGAGAAACAUCGGCUGAUGCAAAUGCAGAUGAUUGCUAAAUUAGAUAAUUUACGGGUGCAUAAACGACAGCUGUUGGAAUAUCAGCGGCAAAUCGCAUUCCAACAGAUGCAGGCUCAAGAGGAAGAGCUGCAGCGACGGAAACAAGUCUACCAACCGUAUUCGUAUGUUCCGGGUGGGGGCAGUACGAGCUACGCUGCGUCUCUGCCGGGAGAUCAGCGGCUUCCGCAAAAUCAGCAGCCUGCUGUUUUUGGAGGCCCUGUGUCCAUUGCGCCGCCGGGGUACGCGAUGCAGGCGGGAUAUAAUCAUAACGAACAGAUGUACCAGCCGGUUCCGCAGCAUCCGCAGAAUGUUUACGGCAUGCAACCGUCCGUUCAACCUGGGAUUUCAGCUGGAGGCCCACCACUGUCUGCAGCAAAUUAUCCAUCGUCUGUGAUGCCGAGCGCGAUGUACCCAACGGGACCCCAGAAUCAGAUGAAUUACCCACAGCCAAAUAGCCAAUACGGAACGUAUCCCAUGCCGCAGCCAUCUAUGACGUUGCCGGGUAUGCCGAUGAUGCAGCAGUAUCACAACCCUGUCCCACAAUCAGGAUACCAGACUGCGCAUACACCCGCAGUUCAGAUGGGCUAUCAAAAUCAGGCACAAGUGGAUAACGUGCAUCCUCAGCUGCACCACCAACAACCACAUGUGCCAAAUGCACCUACCUCGGGAGGUUUAGAUGAAGCACCUCUGAUUAGUUUUGAUUAGGAUUUGUAGCUAAGAGUUGAUUGAGUUGUUCGUUACAAUCGGCUGAAAAUCCAUAAAAUACUGAUACUUUUAUUACAUUUUCCGUUCAAAGCUUGUACUUCUAUUUUAGUACUCUAUACGUUUGGAUGCUGUCACCUAUAGUGAUGCUGGUUUGCCGAUCGCUUUUAAUUUACGUUUUCUCCUUUGAAGCUUACUUUCCCACAUUCAUGGAUUUGACUGAUUUUAGCAUCAUAACCGUUUCAGCCGUACUUAAGGUGCAGUAGUUGGCGUUGAUUAUUAUUCGUACUUAUUUGAAAAGGUACAUGAAUGCACCGCUAUCCGUCAGGUUUAAUGGUAGUGACAUAGCUGGCAGUAUACUGUUAUUGAAGUAACUCUGCUUCCUGA